AUGAGCAAUAAUCUCACAGACGAUCAGAAGAUAAUGAAGAAGUUUAAGAGCGUGGGUGGGCGUGUCGUACCCAGCAUCCCAAUAUACAGCACGUUCUCAAGCACCUCGCAACUUAUUGACGUCGCAAAGCAACUAAAAAGCUCAAACGUUAGAGUAAGUCUUAACGAUGAUGGGUCUAAUGGAAGCUGGGCUACACCUUCAAAAACUGGUUGGCUUCAAAUUAAAUGUCCUGAACCCGUGACAAUUUGGAGAGUGGCGUUAAAAGCUAGAGCUAUAGAUGGCGAAGGACUCUCACAAAAUGACCUCGACGCGCUUGCAGAGAAACUGGACAUAAAAGUUAAGGUCGUUACCAACAUAAUCCCGUCCGCUCCCAAUCACGUGGUCCAGUUAACGCUCGGUAACCAUGGUCACGAAGACAUACCAAAACAGGGCUGGAAAAUGUACUUUUAUAGCAUGUUUCUCCUUUUCCCAGGCGUGUUCCCAGGAUUUCAUCACAACGACCUUGACACUGUGAAUUUUAGAAUCACUAUGGUCCAGGGCGAUUUGUAUAGUUUGGCGCCGAUGGCUGGAUUUCAACCUAUUUCACCCGGUAAAUCUGUGGAAUUCAACAUCAGCGCUAGCCUGUGGUCUGUCGCGAGAACGGACUUUAUGCCUCGUUGGUAUGUAACCUCUGACGACGUCAAAAUUAAGCCGCGUAUCGUGAAGUGCACUGCGUCUGAAGAUCUUGAUUUCGUCCAACCAUUUGAGGACGUACUCCAGCGGAAGCGAUGGAAAGGGGACCAGUAUGAACCCUUCACACCGGAAGUGAGUAUGGAGAAGCUGAGAUUUAUCCCCGAGAACGUGGUCCCUAAAUUCAUCAUUCCGACUCCAAAGUCUCUACAAGUCAACGAGGACAGGCCGCCGACGUCAUUUGAUAAAGGCACGUGGAAAGUGUACACGUCCAACGGACUGUUCUCGGACAUGAUUCAGUAUAUCAAAGAUGAGCUCGGCGUGAGUAUUACAGACUCGAUAACGCCAACUUACGCUAACGUCAUUGUCUUAUCAUACGCCAACGAAAUUGAAACAGAAGGAUACGCUUUAGACGUCAAAAACAACAUUAUAACACGCACUGCAAAAGACGCAGAUGGGAUGUUCUAUGCUGUCCAAACGUUAAGCAGCGUAAUAUCCGGUACAAACGGACGCAUACCGGAACUGAGAGUUGAAGAUGCGCCGCGCUUUCGUUGGCGUGGGAUGCAAAUUGAUGUCGCCCGAAACUUCCACAGCGUCGUCAACAUUAAACGACUGAUUAAAGCGAUGUCGAUGUACAAGAUGAACGUGCUACAUCUUCAUCUCACGGACGACGAGGGAUGGAGACUGGUGAUCGACGGACUUCCGGAACUCACCCAAGUUGGCGGGAGGUGUCACGAUUUGUCCGAGACCGAGUGCCUAAUACCUCAGUUCGGUUCCGGGCCAUUCCCUGAGAAUUCCGGCUCCGGAUUCUAUAACGCCGCAGAAUACAAGGAACUACUAUCUUACGCUAAGAAACACCACGUAAAAGUAGUCCCCGAAUUCGACAUGCCGGUGCACUCACAUGCCGCGGUGGCGUCUAUGGAGAGUCGAUUCCGGAAACUGAACGCUACAGGAAAUUGUACUGCCGCCUCCCAGUUUCGUCUGAGAGACACUCGAGACUCGUCGUUUUAUGCAUCCGUGCAAAAUUGGAUGGAUGACGCGAUCAACCCGUGUAUUGAGUCCACCUACAGGUUUAUUGGAAAGGUCAUGGACAGCGUUAUAGACCUGCACGCGGACAUUGAGCCCCUGGAGAUCUACCAUUUCGGAGGGGACGAGGUGGCUCAUGGCGCCUGGGCGGCGUCCGACGCGUGUAGCCGCUCCCUGCGUGACAACCCUCCGUAUAGGGUCACACACGGUCUGAAUAACUACUUCGUUUCUCGCCUCGCUAAAAUGGCGUCGGAACGCGGCCUGAAGCUAGCAGGGUGGGAGGACGGAUCCUGGGACGGCUACGAUCCACUUCCGGUUGAGGACCUCAACCGGCAAGGAGAGGUGUGUGUAAAUCCCUGGAACAACAUAUGGGAGUGGGGCAGCGGAAGUAAUGCGUAUAAAUACGCAAACGCCGGCUACAAGGUAAUAUUGAGUCAGGCUACGAACCUCUACUUCGACCAUCCCCAAGAACCAGAUCCGGAGGAACGGGGGCUCUACUGGGCCGCGCGCUACACCGACACGCGAAACGUGUUUGACUUCCGCCCGGAGCGUCUCUAUGACAACAUUCGGGUUGACCGGAGCGGCUUUCGGUUGGCCAAAAAGGACAUCUGCGGAUAUGACAUGUCGGGAUGUACAGCGUUGGAAAAGCCGGAGAACAUUAUUGGAAUGCAGGGCGCGCUAUGGAGCGAGACAGUGCGCACAAGUGACGAGUCAGUCUACAUGAUAUUUCCGCGCUUGGUGGCGCUGGCAGAACGCGCCUGGCACAAGGCAGCGUUCGAGGAGGCGACAAACGUCACUUCCGAAGACGAAUGGAAGUCGUUCGCCAGAGCCGUCGGAGAACGAGAGUUCGCGCGGUUGGAAAAAAUUGGCGUGAAAUACAGAAUCUCUCCGCCAGGUGAGUAUUGCCAACCGGACAGAUCGAAGUGUCGACAACGUACCCGCAACUGGGAGUACAGUACAGUGCGGAUGACGGAGUCACGUGGCAAAAUAUCGUGCCGAACAGUGCCUCUCAUAUCACUUGGAAUAACGGGGACGUGUUGCUACGAGCAACUACCUGAUGUUAUACCAUCGGUUUAG